AUGGUCAACGUCUUUACUACCCUCGUGGGUAUCGGCACGCGGACUCUCCACAUAUUCACCGUCUAUCUCCCACUAUUAUUAUGGGCUAUUUGGCUUCAAACAUACGACUUCCUCAUCUUUCUUGUGAGCUUUGUUAUCCCCAAUCGUCGCAAAGGCAAGGUCAUUGCUACAGGCCGUCCAGGCCACCAGGGCAACUGGCCGAAAUACAUUCCUCCCGUCCAGGGCCUCGACAGCCGAUCUCCGUGUCCAGGUCUUAACACCCUUGCCAACCAUGAUAUAUUGCCACAUGAUGGCAAACGCAUCACCUACAAGCAACUGUCAAGUGCCAUCCAGCAUGCAUACAAUCUUGCACCAACCCUUGCGGACCAGCUCACUGCCUCUGCCGCUGUGCUCGACUAA